CUCUCUCUCUCUCUCUCUCUCUCUCCCAUACAUUGUGACAGACAGUAUCAUGCACAUUUUGUUCAGAGCAGAGCCAUACAAAGCUUGGUUUUCCACAACAUUUGAGAAGAGGUCUACAAGUCUUCAAGCUCUCACCGUUCCUUUCUUUUUUGGCCUUCUUCCGACUCUGGCUAGGGAUGGGAGACGGCAUGAAACAAUCAAUGGUUCCACCGAGCUCGAGCAGAGAUGUACGUUCACCACCACGAACCUUUCCCCUCCCCACGCAUUAAUUUCUGAAGCCCGGAAAGAGGAGAAAUAUGGGCGGAAAGCGAGACAGAGGGACAGAAACUGGGCCUCUACCACGUGCUUCCCCAUCUCCUUCGGUUCACCGGCGGAACUCCCCACCAAUUUAAUACCGCUUCCCCCUAAUAAUAAACCGCUCACCUACUCCCUCCUUCCACUUUGUUGUUAAUGCCACUGCUCCAUUUACGCCGCACAACGGCCAUGUCGACGACGGUGACCGCACCCAUCCCCGCCGCCGCCACUAGUAUAGUCCUCUCUCCUCACAGAUGGACUAACCGCCGUCUAAAAUGAGAAGCCGCUGUCGUUUGUUCUACCUCUUAGUCAUCUCCGUUGCCGUCGUCUUAUUAGGGCCGGCGCCGCAGGGGGCGGGGGCGCAAAAUGCGGCGGCGGCGGCUGCUGAGAAGGAGAUACUGCUGGAGUUCAAGGGAAACGUGACGUCCGACCCCGGCGGAAGGCUCGCGUCCUGGGUGGCCGGCGGCGAUCCCUGCCGCGAUUUCGUUGGCGUGUUCUGUAACGAUGCCGGCGCCGUGGUGAAGAUCCUCGUCCACGGAGCCGACCUCGUCGGGACCCUCCCCGCCUCCCUCGCCGGCCUCCGAUCCCUCCAGAUCAUCUCUCUCUUCGGCAACGGCUUCUCCGGCGGGGUGCCGCCGGAGUUCGCUGGGAUCCAGACUCUCCACAAACUCAACGUCAGCCGCAACCUCCUGUCCGGCGACGUCCCGGGGUUCCUCGGCGGUCUCCCCGGGCUCCGCCUCCUCGACCUCUCCUACAAUGCCUUCUCUGGCGAGAUCCCGGCUAUUCUCUUCAGCAGCUGCGUCAGGACGCGGUUCGUGUCGCUCUCCCAUAAUGCCCUAUCCGGUCCGAUCCCUGCCGAUAUCGCCAAUUGCUCGAGACUCGUCGGAAUCGACUUGUCCUUCAACAAUCUCACCGGAGAACUCAUUCCUCAGAUCUGCCAGCCGCCGGACAUCAACUACAUCUCCGUGAGGGGAAAUUCGCUGUCGGGAACCGUCACUGAUAAGGUCUCAAUGUGCCAAAGCCUGGAGCUUUUCGAUCUCGGGAGCAAUUCUUUCUCCGGAACGGUGCCUUUCGAUCUCCUUAGCCUCCAAAAUCUUAGCUACUUCAACGUAUCAUCUAAUAAAUUUCAUGGGGAAAUACCCGAGAUUAGUGUUUGCAGUGAGAAAUUAAGGUUCUUUGAUGUCUCCAGCAAUGAGUUGAGCGGUAGAAUUCCGCCAAGCAUAGCGAAUUGCCGGGGUCUCAGGUUUCUUGACUUAGGUUUUAACAAUCUCAGCGGAAGCAUUCCGCCAGAAAUUGGGAGCUUGAAGUCUCUCUCUAUUCUUAGGCUAGGGAACAAUGCUGGCAUUGGGGGCUCGAUUCCGGCCCAGCUUGAUGGGAUUGAGCUGCUUCAGAUUUUGGAGGUCCAAGAUCUUCAGCUUUCCGGCGAGAUCCCAAUCACCCUGAGCAAUUGCAGAUUCCUUCUUGAGCUGGAUGUGUCGGGCAAUGACCUGACCGGAGUAAUCCCAGACACCCUUUAUAACAUGACCUACCUCAAACACCUCGACCUGCACCAAAACCAGCUCAACGGGAGCAUCCCCUCAACCUUGGGCCAGCUCUCAAAUCUUGUAUACCUUGACCUUUCUGACAAUUCGCUCACUGGAACGAUACCUGACUCUCUUGGAGGUCUGACAUUGUUAACUUACUUCAAUGUAUCUCACAACAACCUCUCUGGGGCCAUUCCUUUGGCGGCCACAAUCCAGCAGUUUGGACCUUCUGCUUUCUUGAAUAAUUCGUUACUAUGUGGCCCUCCGCUAAGUACCCCUUGCACAUCAGGAAAUGUUUCUCGAAGAACAAGAGUAUUGACCAUCCCUGCCAUUAUAGCCAUUGUGGCUGCUGCUAUAAUACUCAAUGGUGUUUGUGUGGUAACAGUCAUGAACAUCCAGGCGUAUGGGAAGAAGGUCAUGGAGGAAGAGACUUUGGUAUCCGAGAGCACUCCUCCAGCAUCAACAGGCUCAAAUGUGAUCAUCGGAAAGCUGGUUCUUUUCAGCAAGAGUUUGCCAUCUAGGUAUGAAGAUUGGGAGGCAGGAACCAAGGCAUUGCUUGACAAAGACUGCAUGGUUGGUGGUGGAUCCAUUGGGACUGUCUACAAAGCCACAUUUGAGGGUGGAGUUUCAAUCGCGGUGAAGAAGCUUGAGACCCUAGGCAGGAUCAGGAACCAAGAGGAGUUCGAGCAGGAGAUUGGACGCCUUGGUGGCCUGGGGCACCUUAAUUUAGUUGCAUUCCAUGGUUACUACUGGUCAUCCACUAUGCAGUUAAUUCUCUCAGAAUUUGUUUCUAAUGGGAAUCUAUAUGAUCACCUCCAUGGCUCUCCUGAUCUACACUCAGGAAGCAGUAGUAGCGGUGGCAGGGGUGAAUUGUUCUGGUCUAGGAGGUUCAAUAUAGCCAUUGGGGCAGCAAGGGCUCUUGCAUAUCUUCAUCAUGACUGUAGGCCCCAAGUCCUGCAUCUUAAUAUCAAGUCCACUAACAUACUAUUAGAUGAAGAAUAUGAAGCUAAGCUCUCUGAUUAUGGGUUGGGGAAGUUGCUGCCGAUCCUUGGUAGCUUCAACUUAACAAAGUUUCAUAUGGCAGUAGGUUAUGUUGCUCCAGAACUAGCUUCCCAGAGCUUGAGAUAUAGCGACAAAUGUGAUGUCUAUAGCUUCGGGGUUGUCCUGCUGGAGAUUGUUACCGGGAGGAAACCAGUGGAAAGCUCAGGUGCAGCUAAGGUGGUGGUGUUGCAGGAUUAUGUUAGGGGUGUGCUGGAGAACAGAACUGCGUCCGAUUGCUUUGACAGGAACCUGAGGGGUUUUGUAGAGACUGAAUUGAUUCAGGUUCUUAAGUUAGGUUUGAUAUGCACGUCUGAAGCCCCAUCGAGGAGGCCAAGUAUGGCAGAAGUUGUGCAGUUUCUGGAAUCGAUCAAACCCAAUUCAUGAUCUGUCUCUGGAGGCUAAUCAUGAAUUGGGUGCAUGAUGACGAUACAGGGACUGGAUAGAACCCUCAAAAUUAGAAAAGUUACAUUCUUUUUUUAUUUCUAUUUUUUUUUCUUCGAUCACAAUCGUCAUUGUAUUUUCAUGUGAAUUUCCAUUCGUUGCAAAUUGUUCAUCGGCAGAUACUGCAGAUAAUAGCAAGAGUGGUGUCGGAACAUUCAUUUCUA